AGUCCUCAUUCUAAUCUACAUACCUAUUUAAUGUGGUCAACCACGAAAGCAUCGUGUGGGAUCGAUGGAUCCCGUUAAUUUUCGCGUUUAAUUUCAGUUCCGGCAAGAAAAUAGAAAAUAUCUGUUGCAGAUUGAAUGUAAAUAAGCAAGUGCAAGGUUAAGAAAAGAUGGAAGUGACUUCUUUGAAUUUUCAAGAAGUCCUUGCGGAAUUGAAUGAAGCCAUAGAAAAUGCAACGUUCCUUAGUAUCGAUGGUGAAUUCACAGGACUUAAUUCAGGACCUGAUGCUGGUGCCUUUGACACCCCCGCUCAAUAUUAUGCAAAAUUGAGAUCAGGAUCAAUGGACUUUCUUCUUGUACAAUUUGGCCUUUCUGUAUUUACACUUAAUACAGAAACUCAAAAAUAUAGUCAACGAUCAUACAAUAUUUAUAUUUUUCCACGUCCCUUAAAUCGCUCGGCUACGGAUUGCAGAUUUAUGUGUCAAACAUCCUGUAUGUCAUUUCUGGCAUCGCAAGGAUUUGAUUUCAAUAAACUUUUCAAAUUUGGUAUUCCUUAUUUAACCGCAAAUGAAGAAGAAAGAUUAGUCAAACGAUUGGAGGAGAAGCAAAAAGUAAGAGAGGAGACAGUAGGAGUAGAAUUAUUGCCUAUUUUGGACGUUGACAGGCCUCAGAUUGAAGAGAUUUGUAGAAAGAUAGAUGAAUUUAUCACUUCUGAAGAAGAAGAACUAGUAAUCGAUAAAUGUAAUGCUUUCAUCAGACGACUCAUUUAUCAGGAAGCAAAGUUGAGGUGGCCAAAUAAAUUGAGAAUUGAAAGUAAAUUGGAGAAUUUUGCAUGUAGUCUUGUUGUACAAAGAUCAGGAACCAAGGAAGAAGAAGAACAAAAGGAUGUUGAAAAAAGAGAGAAAGAAAGAACAGAAAUUCAACAGGCAGUUGGAUUGAGUAUGCUCAUGAGAAAAAUUGCAGAUUCUGGAAAAUUAAUAGUUGGUCAUAAUAUGUUACUAGAUCUCUGUCAUAUAGUACAUCAAUUUUUUGGACAUUUACCAGAAUCAUAUUUGGAAUUUAAGUCUCUUGUUCAUAGCUUAUUUCCAAGACUUUUAGAUACAAAAAUAAUUUGCCAUUCGCAACAAUUCAAGGAAACUGUACCAUCGUCGAAUUUAAGUGUGUUGCUAGAAACAGUUAGUAAAUCACCGUUUAAAAUUACAGAAGUGGAAUCUGUCGAGGGUAGAAGUUAUUCUACAUUGGCAGAUAAAUGUCACGAGGCUGGUUAUGAUGCAUAUAUAACUGGAAUAUGUUUCAUUGCAUUGUCUAAUUAUCUUGGUUCCUUACAAAACCCCGAAGUGCCGAUAGUUUUGUCGGAUUCACCGCUACUCAAUCCUUUCCUAAAUAGACUUCUUAUAGCAAGAUUGAAAGAUAUCCCAUAUAUAAACUUAGUUGGAGAAGAUCCUAAUCCAAAUAGAGAUCAUAUAUUUCAUAUGACAUUCCCAAAAGAAUGGAAGUUUAACGAUAUAAAUCAAUUGUUUAGUCCAUUUGGAGGAGUACAAGUAUCUUGGUUAAACGACACGUCUGCGUACAUAGGAUUACAUCGUAGAGAUCAAGUUAACGCAGUAAUGAAAUCUCUAGGUAAAACGAAUACCUACAAGAUACAAAAGUACGCUGAUUACCAAGCUUCUUUAGGGAUAGCCGUCCGUUCAGGAGAUCGUAAACGAAAAUUAUCCUCAUCCGAGGCGGUUUCGACGAAAAAGGGGGAAAACUCGGUGCCAACGAACGGCGUGAAGUCUACUAAGGACGACGAUGGCUGGGAAGUAGCCACAGGGAAACGGCGUCGGAAGCGAAAGGACCAUAUAGAUGCUGCACAAAAAACGAAGCCGGCAUUGUUUCCUCAAGCUGACUGGGAGUAGCAUUAUUCAAAAGAGCCAAGUCUCAGAUUUUAACAUAUCGUCCGCUGGAGUGGCGGUGAAUAAAGUUGAGAAAUGCUGAAACAAAUUGACGAUAUUUUAUUGUAUCAUUUCUUAUUUUGUAAUGCCAUCGAUGAAUCAAAUCACGCAGCAUAUUUCUUUUUUACUCACUUAAAAGCACGAAAUCAUUUAAUAAAAAAAAAUUAACUGUAGAAGUUGAUUUUCUCGUUUCAUUUAAUUUCUAGAUUAAAAUGGUAAAGCUUGAUAUCCAGAAUCAAACAUUAACGCUAUUUUUUCUUCACGUUGUUUUGAACGUUGUGAAAUAUAUUUCUGAUAAAAUGUGAAUUAUGUAGGUGACAAUCAAACUUUUUCACUGAAUACAAAUAUAUUACGACCUGUGAAUUACAUGCGUAGCCGAAUGUGCAUUCAAUUCAUAUUGGAACUGCUUUAUAUUGUUAAGUAUAUAGUUCUCGAAUAGAUAUACAAGUUUAACGAAUUAUUUUUCGUAUAACAGCAGACUGUGUAGUCUAUUAUCAAUGCGUCAUAAUAAGUGAAUUGAUACACUG